AAUCAAAAAAAACAACAGAGAGAAGGGGGAGUCGCCAAAAUUUUCUCACCAUCAUUUUCUCGAGAAAAUUUUAAGAUUUGAGCGAUUUCCCGAGAAAAUAACAAAAAAAAAAAAACAUCAGGUGAAAAUGAGAGAAAUCCUUCAUAUUCAAGGAGGUCAGUGCGGAAACCAGAUCGGUGCUAAGUUCUGGGAAGUUAUUUGCGGCGAGCACGGUAUCGAUCACACCGGUCAGUACUGUGGCGAUUCAGAUCUACAGCUAGAGAGGAUUAAUGUCUAUUAUAACGAAGCUAGCGGAGGCAAGUACGUUCCUCGCGCUGUUCUUAUGGAUCUGGAGCCUGGUACUAUGGAUUCUCUCAGAUCCGGUCCUUUUGGUCAGAUUUUCCGGCCUGAUAACUUCGUCUUUGGCCAGUCUGGUGCUGGCAAUAACUGGGCUAAAGGUCACUACACCGAAGGCGCUGAGUUGAUUGAUUCCGUUCUUGAUGUUGUUAGGAAAGAGGCUGAGAACUGUGAUUGUCUUCAAGGUUAGAUUUCUAAUCCAGAUCUG